AGCCUAUUACGCCAUGAACUGGACAGAUCCAGCUUCUCAUCCUCACCUGGGUGGCAUUAGGCCAGUUGUGGGCUCUCAGCCUAACCUACCUCACAGGGUGGUUGUGAAAAUAAAAUGGGAAAGAGGAUAAUGUAAACUGCCUGGCAUUCUUUGCAGGAAAAAAGUGGAAUAUAAAAUAUGGUACUGGGGCAUCCUAGGAGUUCUAAGGCAUCCAACAGCUGAGGGGCAUGAGAUGGAGGUACCUUUAUUAGUUUGAUAGUCCUUACUCCUACUUGGCUGCUCUGUUUGCAUAAACAUACCAAUCAUAUUGCAUACAUAGAAGAUGCUAAGAGGAGAGGAAAGCUCCUUGAUGCUGCACAUAUAUAUAUGCAUUUCUAUAGCAUCGAAGCGGGUUACGACACUCGCACCAUCGUGCAUUGCGCGCUUGCUUUCCGUAGGCUCUUGCAACACCUCGUAAUAAGAUGCUGCAGUUAGCUCGUGACUACAAUUCCCAGGAUACCAAAGGGCAGUAGGGAGCGUCCCAUUGGACAACAGCCUUUCUAGCCUUUAUUUCUAUUGGAUAGCUGCUGGGUCUAUCAAAAAAAGGCAGAACUUUAUAUGAUAGGAAUCUACCACGGGAAAGAAGAGUAAAAAAUGUGGUUUCAUUCCAUCUAAAAUCCGCUCAAUCACCUGUAGGGUUAGAAUUUUCUGGUUCUGACUCAAAGUUUUUAUAGCUCGGUAGAAUAUUCUAUAAACAGCUUAUUGUGAUGCUUUUCUUCUUCGUCUCCGGUGCCAAAAUGGCACCUUCCAUUACCCCAACAACCAAUAGAGGUAGGGCUACGAGGAACGACACUCAGAGUCGUCAUUUCCGGCUUCGAGCACGGCUGGGCCGACGGCUUUCUUCCCACGCUGGGGCGUCUUACUCUCACGGGCCCUCACCAUAGAGAGGAUCAAAACCUAGAGCGGCUCCGCUUGGCGCUCCGUCCAAAAUGGCAGGCUUCGGCGGAAGCGGAGGCACUCUGUCUUCGCGGCUCAGCCGGUUUCCGCUUCCGGUGCCGUCGCGAUGGUGUGGUCCGCGCCUCCCCGGUUCUUGUAGCUGCUGCGGCUCCUCCUUUCCUCCCCCCCUUCCCCGUUCCCCCCUCCCUCUUAUGGCGGCUCCUCACCCCGACAAGCUGGAGGGGGGAGUAGGCCCAGCCCCGCCGCCCCCGGGUCCGCCGGCGCUGCCUCCUCCGCCCGGCAGCAUCUCCGCAGGCCCAGGCCGCAAGCAGGGCAAGGCCGGUCUUCAAAUGAAGAGCCCAGAGAAGAAGCGUCGCAAGUCCAAUACCCAGGGCCCCGCUUACUCCCACCUCUCAGAGUUCGCCCCUCCGCCCACCCCCAUGGUCGACCACCUGGUGGCGUCGAAUCCCUUUGAGGAUGACUUCGGGGCCCCCAAAGUUGGUUCUGCUUCUGCACCUUUCCUGGGCAACCCUGGACCGUUUGGGAACUUCCGCAUGCAGGGAGCCCUGGGGCCCCAGGUCCCGCCCGGCUACGGCGGAGGGCCACAGCCCAUGCGGAGGCAGCCGCCCCCUUUUGGACCAAGCCAGAUGGGCCCCGCCUUCAACAUGCCCCCCCAGAACCCCGCCUAUGUGCAGCCCGGUGGAAUGGGCUUUGGAGGCCAGCCGUUUGGCCAGCCCCUGGGGCAGAACUUCAGCCCCCCCAGUGGGCAGCUCAUGCAGGGGCCCAUGGGCGGCUUCGGCCCCAUGAUCUCCCCAACCAUGGGCCAGCCCCCACGCGGAGGAGACAUGGGCCCGGGGCCAACCCUCAACCCCCCCGGGGGGCCGCCCAUGGCCCAGCGGUUCAGCCAGCCCGGCAACCUCUUCGGACAGUCGCCCAUGCAGCAGCGUCCCAACCCAAACCUCCCUAGCCUGCCCCCCAACCCCAGCCCCUUCCCCGGGCCUGACCCGAGCUUCCCCCCGAGCGGCGAAGACAGCGGAGGAGGCAAGGCCCUCAGCCAGCCUCCCACCACGUUCAGCCAGGAGCAGCACACGGGGUCGCCCGCCGCUGUCAAUGGCACCCAGCAGCCGGCCUUCGCACCCAACAGCGCGGGGCACGGCGGCGCCAGCACCCCGGAGGCCAACAGUCUGCCCCCGGCCGGCAAGGCCACGGGGAACUCCGGGCACCAGCCGCCUCCUGGGCUCGUGUACCCCUGUGGGGCCUGCCGCAGCGAAGUCAACGACGACCAGGAUGCCAUCCUGUGCGAGGCCUCGUGCCAGAAGUGGUUCCACCGGGAGUGCACGGGCAUGACGGAGAACGCCUACGGCCUGCUGACCACAGAGGCUUCAGCUGUCUGGGCCUGCGACUUCUGCCUGAAGACCAAGGAGAUCCAGUCGGUGUACAUCCGCGAGGGCAUGGGCCAGCUGGUGGCCGCCAACGACGGCUGAGGGACCGCGAGCGGGCAGGGCGAGGUGCUGAGCCUCGGCAGACCUCUGGACAGCCCUUGGCUUCCCCCACAGGCGCCACGCCUUGCGCAGGACGGCCCGCCAGGCAGGAGAGCAAACUUUGCGUUGGUGGGUCGUGACUCGCUUGGUGGAAGGGCCCAAAGAGCUUAGGCUCAUUUGUUUGGUGUUUAAAGGCCGGUGCCCUCCAGAAGCAGGGGGGUUUUAUUCCAUGGGGCACCUUGCCCCACACACUGCUCAUCUGGGAUAGCAGAUGCCGUUUUAAAGAGGGUUACAUUGCAGUGGCUGCUGCUGUGUGCCAGUGGCCCUGCCAGGUUGGCCAGUAUCUGCCUGAAGCACCCUUCUUGGAGUAUAGCCCUCCUGGCAUUCCUCCUUUCUCUCUCCACUCGCCCUCCACCCUCGUUCAGACCACUACUGUGCUUUGAAGCCGUAAAAUGGCCAGUCUUGGGCAGCUGUCUCUGUGGUUGCUUCUUCACACACGGAGGGUUUGAUAGCUUUCCAAAUGAAAUGAGAGCGGUGGCGAUGAUUGGCAGAGCCCUAUUCUUCUCUGAUUUCCCCCUCUCUCUGUUGGGCUUUUAUUCUGGCACCUGGCCCGGAGUGCUUUGCAGCGGUGGCUCUCCAGCAUCCUCCGUGGUUCCUGUUGAUCUUGGUUCUGCUUCUAGCUCAUGCGCUUAGAGCGAUCAGCGGCCUGCAAAAGUCGGGCUAUUGAGGGACGGGACUGAGAAUGGAAGUCUUCAAAGAAAAGAACUAAAUACUUUCUAGAGCCAAUCCCCAUCGCAAGGGGACUUCAAGAAGAGCCAUGCAAGGGAAACUCAUGGACAUCUCUAAAAAAUGUUUUUUUUAAAAAAGAUUUCAGUCAUUUCCCUGUCCCUAA